GCUGGAGCGCUGCAGCUCCCCAUGCUAUUCCUUUCUCCACUGCUGCAGAUUUCCAGGGCUCUGAGAAAAGGAGGAGGACCCAGAUUCUGCUUUUCAGAUCCACGCGCUGAUCCCCACUACAACCAGUGACCUGAACUUGGAGUCUGAGUAGGGUGGCCCUGGUGACUGAGAUGGCAUCGUCUCUAAAGAUCUGGGGCACACUCUUGGCCCUGCUUUGCAUCCUAUGCACACUGCUUGUAGAGAGCAAGGAAGUUUCUUGGAGAGAAUUCAUGAAACUGCACUACUUAAGUCCAAGUAGAGAAUUCAAAGAGUACAAAUGUGAUGUCCUCAUGAGAGAAAAUGAAGCUCUGAAAGACAAGAGCUCUCACAUGUUUAUCUAUAUCUCAUGGUACAAAAUCGAGCAAAUAUGCACUAGUGACAACUGGAUGGAUCGCUUCCGAAAUGCAUAUGUAUGGGUCCAGAAUCCUCUCAAAGUACUCAAGUGUCACCAGGAGAACUCCAAAAAUAGCUACACAGAGAGCAGGAGCUUCAACUACAUUGAAUUCCAUUGUAGCAUGGAUGGGUAUGUUGAUAGGAUAGAAGACCUAAAGAUGAUAGAACCUAUCAGCAACUAGAAAGUCUUUGCACAUCCUUAGGUAUUGGUAGAAUAUUCAGUGCUUUCUAAGUAGCGGCCCCUGCCUCCAUCAAUAGCCCCUACCACUCCCCACUUGCAUUUAUUUGUCAAUGUUUUCCAAAUACUUAGAGUUAUGAAUAGCAUAAUUUCUUGAUACCAUAACCUUGCCUGUGUUGUUUCUCUGCCUGGAAUACACUUUUGUCUUCAUUUACCUAAUUUACUCUUGCACUUUUGUCAACAUUCAGCUCAUAUGGCAUCUGUUCUUGACUAACCUAAGACUUCCUGAUAUUGCCUCUCUUGAUACACACCCAAGCUGAACAAUCUUCCCUUCCCUAAAUAAAUUAUAUGAUUCCAAUGUGUGUGACAUUCAUAUAUGUUAUGUGCACGGAGUAAGUAUUGUGUGAUUGAUAUGGGUGUGUGUGAUCUAGACAGUGCAUGCGAUUGAUGCUGUGCAAGGGAUUUAAGGUAUAUUUUAUGGGUGUAUGUCUAAUGUAUGUAAUAUGUUUCUGUAUAUGAUGGUGGUGUAAAUGAUUGUGUGCUUAGUUCAAUACAAGUUGUGAUGUAGGCAUUGAUUGCAGCAUCAAUUUGAAAUAAUCAAAAGUGUCAGAAUCCAGUUUUAAAGAGUUGAUUCAAGCAAAAGGCUAGGAGUGGCCAUUCAGUGACACACAGACUCCACAGAAAUGGGUUCAGUGCUCCAAAGCUGAAAAUUAAGUUCUUGCUUAUGUAGGAAAAAGACAAAAGAAUUCAACAGAAUUACAACAAUUUCUAUACCAGCUGGUUUAAGAGUUACAACAAAUUAAUUCGUUACAGUUUGUCCCUGACUUCAAGUCUUCUUUUCUUUUCUUUAUAGCUUGUUUUCACUUCCUUUUCAAUUUAAAAGAGUGUUUUUAACAUUCCGUCUUAAUGUGAUAGUGAUGAAGUCUUUCUAAGAGGAGAGGGAAGUUACUCUAUAAUGAAGACCAACAGUGGAGAGGAAAGGAGUCUUCUCCUGUACCCUUCGGUAAAUUACAACAUUUCACCAAACAAUGCAGGCAAGAAAGAAGGUUUAAUCUAUAAACAGAGAAACCAUGGUUACAGCUGCCUUGGUUACAGUGGCCUGGCAUGUGGCUGAGGCCCCAAAAUCACAUUUCUUUAAGGUUAAAAAUAAUUUAGAGUUCCAACAACUGAGUUGUUAAAUUACUUAUUUUCACAGUGGUGACAUGUUUUAGUUCCAUUCAGAUUUUGGGGCACUGGCAGAGCUCACUGGGUGUAAAACACGUAGCAUGGUUUCUUGCUUAUAGUAGGUGCUCAGUGAAAAUUGCUUCGUUUCUCAACUCAUUCUUUGGCUUAGUACUUUCAUUUUGACUUUGAUAAACAAACAUAACAAAUGCUCAUCAAUCAUUUGCUCUCCCUAACUCUAGAGAUGGGGAUUUACACAAUAAAAAUACAUGCUGGAUAUGUUGGCUCACACCUGUAAUCCUAGCACU